GUUGGACAGAGAGAGAGAGAGAGAUAAAUCAAUGGCGUCCUCUGCAACCACUCUUCUCUUCCACCACGGCUCUACUCGACUCACCGCUCGUAGACGAUGCCAUUCAUCUCUACUCAGAAGAACAUGCAUACCGAAUCCCUUACUCUCCCUCCGCGGCCCCUCCAAUGCGCCGCCAUUCGGGGAGAUUUCGUUGAAGGCGAAACCGGUCGGAUUAGCUCGCGCUUACGUCACCGGAGCGCCGCCGAUCGUGGAGGAAGCGGACCCGAAGAUCGAGUCGGAGGCGGAGAGGGAGGAAUCGAAGGAUUUGGUCAAGUGGGGGCUGGUGUGGAGCUUGAUGAGUAAGCACAAGGUUAGGCUCGUUGUUUGCUUGUUGACUCUUGUUGGAUGCAGCACUUGCACUCUCUCCAUGCCUGUCUUUUCAGGUAGAUUCUUUGAAGUGUUGAUUGGCGUGCGGCCGGAUCCUCUGUGGCAGCUGCUGAGCAAAAUCGCUGUUUUGUAUUCGUUAGAACCCAUCUUUACUAUUGCUUUUGUAACCAACAUGAAUGCUAUCUGGGAAAGCGUUAUGGCAACGUUAAGAGCUCAGAUUUUCAGAAGGGUUUUGAUCCAGAAGGCAGAGUUUUUCGACAAAUAUAAGGUAGGAGAGCUGACGGGGCUGCUUACCUCUGAUCUUGGGGCUCUUAAUAGCAUUGUGAAUGAUAACAUUUCAAGAGAUCGUGGAUUUAGGGCAUUUUCUGAGGUUUUUGGAACAAUCUGCAUAUUGUUUACUCUAUCUCCUCAACUUGCACCUGUGCUUGGUCUAUUGAUGCUCGCUGUGUCAGUUUUAGUUGCUGUGUACAAAAGAUCGACUGUUCCUGUUUAUAAAGCACACGGAUUAGCCCAAGCGACAAUGUCUGACUGUGUAUCAGAAACGUUCUCUGCAAUCCGAACCGUAAGAUCAUUCAGUGGUGAAAAACGUCAGAUGUCUCUCUUUGGUAGUCAGAUUCUUUCUUACCAGCGUAGCGGUUUGAAGCUUGGUACUUUCAAAUCUAUAAAUGAAUCUAUAACAAGAGUUGCUGUUUAUAUUUCUCUGUUGGCUCUUUACGCUCUUGGGGGAAACAAGGUCAAGACGGGAGAGCUUGCUGUUGGAACAGUUGUCUCCUUCAUUGGAUACACAUUUACUCUAACGUUUGCUGUCCAAGGGCUUGUAAACACGUUUGGAGAUCUACGUGGAAGUUUCGCUGCUAUCGAGAGGAUCAACUCUAUUUUAAAUGCAGUGGACAUAGAUGAGUCUCUUGCCUACGGGUUAGAAAGAGAUAUACAUACAAAGAAAGUCCAAGAUGAGAACCUUAGUUUGUUCUUGUCUUCUGGCCCUGAUGUGAAUAUUCGUCACCUGGAUAAGUACUACAUGUCAGAUCUGAAAUCAACGAACAAUCUACGUACCUUGACUUGGGCAGGAGAUGUCUGUCUUGACGAUUUGCAUUUUGCUUAUCCUCUACGACCCGAUGUGAAAGUUCUUGAUGGGUUCAGUUUAACGUUAAAAGCUGGCACCGUAACUGCUCUUGUUGGUUCUAGUGGUGCGGGAAAAAGUACUAUUGUACAGUUAUUGGCACGCUUCUAUGAGCCAACACAAGGACGUAUUACUGUGGCUGGAGAGGAUGUGAGGAUGUUUGAUAAGAGUGAAUGGGCUAAGGUUAUCUCAAUUGUGAAUCAGGAACCCGUUCUCUUUUCUCUCUCGGUUGCCGAGAAUAUUGCCUAUGGUCUCCCUAAUGAUCAUGUGUCCAAAGACGACAUCAUUAAGGCAGCCAAAGCUUCCAACGCUCAUGAGUUCAUAGUCUCACUUCCUCAGGGAUACGAUACACUAGUGGGUGAACGAGGAGGCUUGCUUAGCGGAGGACAGAGACAGAGAGUUGCCAUAGCCCGGGCUUUGCUGAAGAACGCCCCCAUCUUGAUUCUCGAUGAGGCCACGAGUGCGCUUGAUGCAGUGAGCGAACGUUUGGUACAGAGUGCGUUGAACCGUCUGAUGAAAGACAAGACAACUUUGGUCAUCGCUCACAGAUUGAGCACAGUCCAGAACGCGCAUCAGAUCGCUGUAUGCGCUGAUGGGAAGAUCAAAGAGCUUGGAACUCAUUCUGAGUUGGUGGCGCAAAAUGGAUCAUAUGCUUCACUUGUUGGCACUCAGAGGCUGGCCUUUGAGUAAUCUAGUUACUCUUUAAGUUUCUUUACAAGUUUUACUAUAGUCCUGAGUAAAGACCAUACCAUCAAAUUGUAGAUCGUUACAUAUUUGUAAAAACAAAAAUGGCUAUAAAAUGGUGUUUCAAGUGUUAUAUUCCAAG